CUGAAAUUUUGUCACAUGCUUCUGUUUACAUCACGUAUAAAACGUAAUAAGGUUGUUGUUGAGCGUGGAUAAUGUUACAUUCACCUGGGGUUAUGCACGUUAUUUUUAGUGUUGUGAUUAUUUCAAGUAUGUUUCCUUGGAGGUGUUUUUAGAAAUGUGAUUAUAUUUUGGACCUUCUUUCGUGUAUUCCUACUUGCAAUGCCGCGAGUUUUUUGGUUAGAGAACUGAAUGUCAAUUUGAGUGAAUGUGUUCUGAAUGACAUUAGACCUGGUGAACAGUCUUCCAGUUUUCAGUGAAAGAGGAAAUUGACAUUGAAGAGCACAAGUUGGAGCCUCUGGAUUAAAUUUUUGUGAAAAUGGAAAAUAUGGAAGAGCUUCAAGAAGAGAGCCAUCUUGCCCUUGAUUUUGAUGGUCACCGAAGCCCGCCUGCUAGUGACAAGGAAUCAGAAGAAACGCCCUUAACAAGCGGUAGCGAAGAUCUAUCGGACUGGACGACAUCCGAAGGCGAUUGGACCGAAGCUGGAAGUUGCUCGCCACUCCGUCCUUCUACCUCGGGCAGUUCGGCGCAGUCUGCCCGUCGCCGGAGACGAACAGACUUCCCCGAGAGGGCUUCAAAAUCGGCGAACAGAGAGAACGAAUGCGACGAGGAGCCGCCCAGGAAAAUAAAGGAAGUGUCCGGGUGUGCUUCACCGCCGAACCACGGCGUUCGGCCGUCCACGCAACCAUUCCUCGGGACGAGUGCCGAUUCUUUGAAUGCGGACAGCUCAGCGCUCGAUUUUUUCCUCCUAUUUGUUUCAGAGAAUUUGGUGCAGUUCGUUGCACAACAAACUAAUAAUUUUUAUCAGUUUGUGGUGCAACUCGGUUUGCGUUCCAGGAGCGGUCUGUGCAAUUCGAAGGUUGAAACCACCACUGUGGAGGAAAUGUUUUGCUUCUUGGCCCUGUGUAUGUUGAUGCCGCGGAGUGAAAAAGUCUGCCUAAGCGAGUACUGGUCCACGGAUUCGUUACUUAGUACUCCUGUAUUUGGUGAAAUGAUGUCACAGAAAAGGUUUAUUCUCUUAUUGCGCAUGCUGCAUUUCUCCGAUGAUAGAAACGGCCAAGGACGAGACAAAAUUGGAAAAAUUGUCGAUACUAUUCGGCAUAAUUUUCAACAAGCGUCUUUACUCUUCCAGGCCUUGUGUAUUAACGAGAAGCGUUUUACGUUUGAAGGAAGAUUAUUGCUCAAACAAUAUGUACCUCCGGAAAGAAGCAGAUGUCGGGCCAAACUAUUUGUCCUUUGCGACAGUUGGACUGGUUAUGUGUUGGACUUUAUUCUUUACAGGAAGGGCUCAAAUAACGUGGAGAAUAAGGGAAUAACAGAUGACGUAGUAGGAACGUUCCUCCAGCCCUUUUUGGAAAAGGGUCACACAAUCUACAUUGAGAACUGGGUUACAAGCCCUGCAUUGUUCACCUGGCUCCAUGCCACAGCCACUGAAGAGAGCAGUGGUAAGAAGCACAGGAAGACCCACAUGUUUCAAAUGGAAGACGAGCUAAAGACUGGAGAAACAGUGUUCCACGCUUCCAAUAUAACAAUGUCUCUGAAAUGGUGCGUCGAAAUGGAGAUGUGGAUGCUCUCUUCAUACAUUUCGGCAGAAUCGGCAACAAAUAGAGAUAGAACAACUGGAAAGAAAGAAAAUGAGUCUCAGUGCAUUGUAGAAGAUAAUCAGAACACCGGAACAGUAGACUGCAGAGACUUGAUUCCCUCUUUAAUUGAAUCGAUUCGUACUGCAAUCAAGUGGUACAAAAGGUACUUUUUUCAUCUCCUUGACCUCUCCAUAUUUAAUGGAUAUGCUCUGUUUAAAAUUGCAACUGGGAAAAAUGUUUCAAUGGCUCAGUAUCAUUUGUCACUUAUACGAGAGAUUACAGAAAAAUACUGCAAGGGACUAAAAGAGGAUGGGGGAAAGAAGUAAACAGAAAAUAUACCCUCGCACUUAAAACAUCGACAUUUUUCCACAGUUGUACUCUCUGAAGUAUUGAAAAUCACAUGUCCUGCUCGUCAAUGUGUUGUUUGUACCACAAAGCUUAUUACAAGGAAUGUAACGUGGGAAUGUAUUACACCUUGUUGUUAAAUGUACCAUACCAUGGAAGUUUUUUGAAACAAAAUGUAUAACUUCAUAUUUAAAAAAUAAGCCAAAAUAUUUAAAGACGUUUAAAAAAGUGUUUGUAAAUUUCGACAAAGCUGGACCAAAUCGAAAAUAUAGGACUAUCAAAAUGAUAGGACUUGUGUGGUCUUUCACACUGUCCUAUAGGACGCGAAAUGCCGUGAGAUAUUUCAUCGUAAAGACAGGCCGUCACGCACCAAGAAAUAAAAACCCAAGUGUGUACUGAUUCAUCCUCAAGUCUAUAGGUGUUUCAGUACACUGCUAAAGAAAUUAAUACUUUUAUCAAUGUAUUAAUAACUUAUCCUCAAAAGCAUACUUAAUAGGAAUAAAAAACGAGGUAUGUCUGACUAUUCUCGAAGAAAUGUACCGUGU